AGCUCCUUUUGCGAAAUUAGGACUUUAGGAUUGUGGCCAUGGCGAAGCCUCAUGCCACGCUGAUUUUCUCCCGGCACGGGGAGUCGCAGUGGAAUGUGGACAAUCGAUUCACCGGGUGGGUUGACGUGGACCUCUCCGCAAAAGGCUUGGGCGAAGCCAAGUCUGCUGGCACCUUGCUAAAAUCCGAGGGCAUCAAGCUAGACGUGGCAUUCACCUCCUACCUCAAGCGUGCCAUCAAGACCUGCGACUUGGCGCUGGAGUCGGCGGAUCAGCUGCACGUGCCAGUGACCAAAUCCUGGCGCCUGAACGAGCGGAUGUACGGGGGCCUCACCGGCCUGGACAAGAAGGAGACCGUGAAGAAGCACGGUGCGGACCAGGUGCAGGUUUGGCGUCGCAGCUUUGACAUUCCGCCGCCAGAGAUUGAGGCAGGCAGCGAGUACGAUCCCGCCAAGGAGCGCAAGUAUGCUGCGCUUGACAAGAAGGACAUCCCAAAGACAGAGUGCCUUAAGGACACGAUUGCACGGGUGAUGCCGUUCUGGGAGGAAGCGAUUGUCCCAGAGUUGAAGAGCGGCAAGACGGUCUUUGUGGCGGCCCACGGCAAUUCCAUCCGAGCAAUCCUCAAAUUUCUGGAAGGCAUCUCUGACAACGACAUUACAGGCCUGGAGAUUCCCACCGGGCGGCCGCUCAUGUACAAGCUGGAUGCGGACCUGAAGCCCAUCAAGAGCCCGGAUGCCAUUGCACCCCUGAGCUUCGGGAAGUACAUGGGAAAUCUCGAGGAGAUCAAGGCGGCAGCAGAGGCUGUGAAGAACCAGACGAAGGUUGCAGCGCCCGCCGGAGGCGCCAAGAUCAUGGCCAUCAAGGCCCGUGAGAUCUUCGACUCCCGGGGCAACCCCACGGUGGAGGUGGACCUUUGCACCGACACGGCCCUCUUCCGUGCCGCGGUGCCCUCGGGGGCAUCCACGGGCAUCUACGAGGCCCUGGAGCUCCGCGACGGCGACAAGAACCGGCUACUGGGCAAAGGUGUGCUGAAAGCAGUGGCCAACGUGAACGACAUCCUUGCACCAAAGCUCAUUGGCAUGGACGUGACAGACCAAUCAAAGAUUGACAAGCUGAUGGUGGAAGAGAUCGAUGGCUCCAAGAACGAGUGGGGCUGGAGCAAGUCCAAAGUCGGGGCGAACGCCAUCCUGGCGGUCUCCAUGGCCGUGUGCCGAGCGGGAGCGGCCGCCAGCGGCAUGCCGCUCUAUAUGUACAUCGCCAAGAUCUCUGGGAAGCCGGUGGACAAGUUCGUGAUGCCGGUGCCCUCAUUCAACGUCAUCAACGGCGGCAGUCACGCGGGCAACCGCCUGGCCUGCCAGGAGUUCAUGAUCCUACCGGUGGGCGCGGCCAACUUCAAGGAGGCCAUGAUCAUCGGGGCGGAGGUGUACCACAACCUGAAGAGCGUCAUCAAGAAGAAGUACGGCCAGGAUGCGUGCAACGUGGGCGACGAGGGAGGCUUUGCUCCGAAUGUGCAGGACAACAACGAGGCCUUGGAUGUGCUCAUGGAAGCCAUUUCCAAGUCUGGGCACAGCGACAAGGUGAAGAUCGGAACCGACGUGGCCGCCUCGGAGUUUUACAAGCCGGAGGAGAAGACCUACGACUUGGACUUCAAGAACGCCAGCAGCCCUGCGGAAAUGAAGAAGUCGGCAAAGGAGCUGGCAGAGUACUACAAGUCAUGGCUCGACAAGUAUCCUUUCGUCUCCAUCGAGGAUCCCUUUGACCAGGACGACUGGGACGCCUACAAGCACUUCAUGGGCGAGGUCGGGCAGCGUGUCCAGAUUGUGGGCGAUGACCUCCUGGUCACCAACCCCACUCGUGUCAAGAAGGUGAAUCAGAUUGGCUCUAUCACAGAGGCCAUCGAGGCAGCCACUAUGUCGCAGAAUGCUGGGUGGGGUGUCAUGGUCUCCCACCGAUCAGGUGAGACUGAGGAUUCCUUCAUCGCGGAUUUGGUGGUAGGUCUCAGGACGGGACAAAUCAAGACAGGAGCACCAUGCCGCUCGGAACGCCUGUCCAAGUACAAUCAGCUGCUUCGUAUCGAGGAGGAACUGGGGCCGUUGGCUUCCUAUGCUGGAGUCAACUUCAGAAGUCCAAAGUGAAGCUGGGGGGGCGGCGUUUUGCGGGCUGGCUUCUUCUCACAUCUAGCUCUGCAAAAGCAGACAACUCUGCAACAAUAUUGCGUGCAAAGG